CAAGUCGAUCAGCAGUAGCGUUAAGGCAGUCCGACAGAAUGGCACGCUGGAGCGUUCUGCUGGGCCUGCUGGCUGUCGCGGGCCUGAUCGCGCCCUUCACCGCGGCCUUAUCCAGGAACGACCUGUACCCAUACACGGGUCCUGGCGCUUACGUCCUCGAGACCGACCCCAAUGGGAUGCUGAUGUCCGCCGAGGCGACCCUCCAAACGCCCAUCGUCUUCUACGACAAGACCUACAACUCGAUAUUCGUAAAUGGAAAUGGCGUUCUGUCGUUCGCCAGGGCGAUGCAGAGGUUCUUCAACAUCGCGUUCCCCCUGGACGAUCCGGUGAUCUCACCUCUCUACACGCAUGUGGACACAAGAGCUUCGGGGACAGUUUAUUGGAGAGAAACUGAUUCUGCCGAGAUUCUUGCGAGAACCGGAGGACUGGUUCGAAGCGCCUUCAAGGACGCCGCCGAAUUCGUGCCGACGCACGUCUUUCUAGCCACCUGGCUGGACGUGGGUUAUUACAAUCAACGGAAGGAUAAGAUGAAUACUUAUCAAGUCGCUAUAUCAUCCAACUGUACGCAUUCCUUUGUCGAGCUGCUAUACCCGGAAAAUGGUAUACAGUGGAUUCAGGGUGAGUCGCAUCCCAACGGGCUCCCAGAUGCUAAGGCGCAGGCAGGAUUCAUGAGCGAGGGCAAAAUGUAUACCCUGAGGGGCUCGGGCACCGACCAAAUUCAGAAUGUCGACAAGUGGUCGAAUGUAAAUAGGCCCGGCCAAUGGCUCUUCCAGAUCGGACCCAUCGACGAAGGCGGGAACGUGGAAACUCCAGAUAGUAUCGAAGACACCAUGACUAUGCAUCAGGCGGCCAGCUGCAGGACCGGCGCCACCACUUGCCACAGCAAGGCGACCUGCAUCGAGUACGAGAUCGGAUUCUGCUGUACCUGCAAACAGGGCUAUUUCGGCAACGGGAGAUCCUGCCAGCCGAAUGAUGUGCCUCUUCGCGUUAUCGGCCGAGUAUCCGGCGAUAUUAACGGCAUCGAGUUCCCAUCGAGAGACCUCCAAUGUUACGUGCAAACUCAAGACGGACGAACGUACACCGCCUUGUCGAGAAUGCCCGAAGAAAUUGGCGCCAGUUUCCUACUCCUGGGCAAUUUGGGCUUCGUGAUCGGCUGGCUCUUCGCGAAAUCUAUUAAAGACACGGAGAACGGAUACGAGUUGACAGGAGGCUUAUUCAAUCACACGGCAGACCUGGUCUUCCCGUCGACCGGCGACAAAGUGACGAUACGCAGCAAUUACCUCGGACUGGACGUCUUCGGUCAGCUGAAGAUGGAAGCGAACAUCAAAGGUACGGUGCCGUACUUAGAUCCGGACACCAUGGUGGACUACAGUGAUUACGACGAGCUGUAUACUCGGGCCCAACCGGGAGUGAUCCGCACGCAGAGCGAGCGUACUUGUAAACUUUCGCAUAACGGAAACGAGCGGGAGAUCGCCUACACGCAGGAACAGAUAAUUACGUAUCAGGAGUGCCCAUACGCGAUUUUCGAUCCUGAGGACGACACGACCAGGCUCAAGUUUUCCAGGGGCCUCACCAGCUACGAGGCGCCUGAGGGUAUCGUUCGGUUCGCCGUCAACACGAAAAUAACGCCUCUCGAGGAAGAGGACCCUUGCAUUCAAGGACAAGAGACCUGUGGUAUUCAUAGUUCCUGCGUAGUCGAAGGAGACAGUUUCAAAUGCGUGUGCCACACGGGGUAUCAGUAUCUGUACGACAUGGACGGCAGCGCGGUUUGCGUGGACGUGAACGAAUGUACAGCCGGUAACCACAUGUGCUCUCCGAACGCUCAAUGCAUCAAUCAAGAAGGCAGCCAUCUGUGUCACUGCAGACACGGAUUUACCGGAGACGGCAGAGUUUGCGAAAGGUUGCCGUCUUGCGAAGACACACGCUGCGGAGCUUAUGAGCGAUGUACAAUGAUCGAUGGUGCGCCUACGUGUACUUGCAUGUCUGGUUUCGAGAAAACAGAUCAGGGUUGUUCUUCCGUUCAGCAUGUGACCUGUAACGAGGAGGAUAACUGCUCACCGUACGCGUUCUGCAGUUUCGAGAAGGAUAGAAAGAACCACGUGUGCAUCUGUAUGCCCGGCUACGUAGGCGAUGGGUAUACGUGUUACGCCGAGUCCGAUGUCACUACUACGGACGCACCGCCGCAACCGCAGUGCGUACUCGAUAUGUGUUGGUGUCCGGACGGCUGGUAUUUCCACAACAAUGCGUGCGUGAGACGAGAAGAGGGAUACCCCUCGACAACUGACUACGACGAACGAGAUUUAUCAUGCAACGUGAUGAACAGGUGUCACCCAUACGCCCAGUGCAUUUACAUGACGAAUACCGGCGAGUACGAGUGCCGUUGCAGUCAGGGCUACGAGGGCGACGGUUACAUGGAAUGCACCAAGACAGAGGUGUCCUGUUUUGAGGUGGACCACUGCGACCCCAACGCGUCCUGUCAGUCCGACGAGCCGGUGCCAAAGUGCGUGUGCAAUCCAGGAUACCAAGGCGACGGGACAUUGUGCCAACCCAUCGAUGAGUGCACCGAGGAUUCGGACUGCAGGAAGAACGAGCGAUGCACCUUACAUCCCAGCAGCUCGCGCUACGAGUGCACCUGCAAGCCCAAAUACACUCAGGUUGGCGAUGAGUGCGUGCUGACCGACUGUUCGAUAAAUCCUUCGGAAUGCCACGAGAACGCGCAGUGUACACCCGUAGGCGACGACAAAUACAAGUGUGUUUGCCUGAGCGGCUACCACGGUGACGGUAUCGGCCAGUGCGUGCAGGACCACAUCGGAUGUAACGUUGUGAAUAACUGCGGCCGCAACGCAGUCUGCGCGUACGACAAUCAGUCGCACGCGAAUUACGUGUGCAUGUGCCAGCCGGGUUACUACGGCGACGGUUUCACGUGCUACCCGCAGUUCUCGUGCAUGGACGACCCCAGCCUCUGUUCGCCGGAUGCAACGUGCGUGUCGGUCGGCGAAAACAUAUUCGCUUGCGUUUGCAACGACGGUUACACCGGCGACGGUGCCAACUGCAAGCGCCGGCCGAAGCACGAAGCUAACUUCUUGCUGGUGAAUCAAGGAAUGGCCACGCACCGGAUACCGUUCAUACCUACACAACAGAAUCCAGGAUAUCCGAUCUACAUAGCUUACACGCAAAUGGCGAUCGCCCUGGAUAUCGAUUGCUUCGACGGGAAAGCUUACUCCAGUGAUAUUACCGGUAACAGAAUAGUCCAGCUAUCUUAUAACGGAUCGAUAUCGGAGACAUUCAUCCCGAAAGUUAGCAGUCCCGAGGGACUGUCGGUCGAUUGGGUCUCGAGGAACAUCUUCUGGACCGAUUCCGGCAAGACGACCGUCGAGGUUGCUAGUCUCCUGACAAAGAAACGCAAAGUACUCGUUUCCGAUGGACUGGUCAAUCCGAGGGGAAUAGCUGUUCAUCCAUAUCGGGGUAAAAUAUUCUGGUCUGACUGGAAUCGCGCUUCCCCCAAACUGGAAUGGGCCAACGAAGACGGUACGGACCGAGCAAUCUUCCUUCAGGGUGAUUACGUUAAGCUGCCAAAUUCAUUAAGUAUCGAUUGGUCAACGGAUGAGCUUUGCUGGGCCGACGCCGGGACGUUCACGAUAAGUUGCGUCGAAAUAGACAGCAAGGAAGUCAGCGUCGUCGCUAAUGAGCUCACUUAUCCAUUCGGCUUGGCGAUCUCUCAAAAUUAUUAUUACUGGACCGAUUGGAAAACGCACAAGAUCGAAGUUUGCAUGAAGAGUACUGGCGAAAAACGGACACCGCUGUCCGUUCCGCCCGGCGGAAGUGGGAAAUUGUACGGCAUCGUGGUCGUUCCCGAAUCAUGCCCAAGCGCGACCAACGUUUGUCAGUACGACAACGGAAGGUGCAGCAAGGAUCAACUCUGCUUGCCGGAUGGCCAGGCCGGCAGGACGUGUGUUUGCGCGGACGACGCGACGGGUCCUUGCACCGACUCCCGUUACCAGUAGAUCCGUCCGCGAUCUCGCACGGAAAGAGAAACGACGCAAAGUGCCGUCUCACGUUCGAUAUCUCACACGAUAGCGGAUAAGAAAACGUCUCGCAUUGGCGCGCGCGCUCGCGUCGAGCGGGGAUCACAAGUAACCACUAUAGACCAAGUGUAAAUUAUAAUAACAUUACUCUUAACGUAAAUAACACUGAUCAUCGACAUUCUCUCGAGUAACGUCUACUUUUAUAUCUACGUGCCGCGACGCGAAACAAGUUGUACCGCGAUCCCGCAGUGCGAUCGCGCUUUAUUUAAUAAAAAUACGGAAGGAAAUAG